AUGGUUCGGCUGCUGGCCAACCCGCGAGUCCAGUUCAGAGUCUGGAUCCACUGGCUAGGUCCUGUUAGGGAACCAGCGCCACGUCGGGGCUCGGCUGCCCGGGAUGCUAAAUCCUUGGUUUGGAUUUCCGGACCAGGCCUAGGCUGUUCCCAGCGGGAGACUACACCGCGGAGAGUGGCCCGCAGUCGCGAGGUGCGAGCUGAAAAGGGGGGUCCGGGCGCAGAAGAGUCCCGGAGCCUGUCCUGGCACAAGGCUGCCCAAGGCUACGGCGCCUUCCUGCCCUACGCCGCGGAGCUGCCCAUCUUCCCGCAGCUGGGCGCGCAGUAUGAGCUGAAAGACAGCCCCGGGGUGCAGCAUCCGGCCGCGGCCACAGCGUUUCCGCACCCGCACCCCGCCUUCUACCCCUAUGGCCAGUACCAGUUCGGGGACCCGUCCCGUCCCAAGAACGCCACCCGGGAGAGCACCAGCACGCUCAAGGCCUGGCUCAACGAACACCGCAAGAACCCCUACCCCACCAAGGGCGAGAAGAUCAUGCUGGCCAUCAUCACCAAGAUGACCCUCACCCAGGUGUCCACCUGGUUCGCCAAUGCGCGCCGGCGCCUCAAGAAGGAGAACAAGAUGACGUGGGCCCCCCGCAGCCGCACCGACGAGGAGGGCAAUGCGUACGGGAGCGAGCGGGAGGAGGAAGACGAGGAGGAGGAUGAGGAGGAUGGCAAACGCGAGCUGGAGCUGGAGGAGGAGGAGCUCGCGGGGGAGGAGGAGGACACGGGGGGCGAGGGCCUGGCAGAUGAUGACGAGGACGAGGAGAUCGAUUUGGAAAAUUUAGACGGCGCGACUGCUGGGCCUGAGAUGGCCUUGUCUGGGGCGGCGCGGAGGGACGGCGACCUCGGCUUGGGACCCAUUUCAGACUCCAAAAAUAGCGACUCGGAAGACAGCUCCGAGGGCCUGGAGGAGCGGCCGCUGCCGAUCCUGAGUCUGGCCCCAGCGCCACCGCCAGUAGCCGCGGCUCCGCCGUCUCCGCUCUCACCUCCCCCUGGUUUAGACCCCUGCGCUCCGGCACCAGCUCCUUCCUCCACCUUGCAGAAGCCCAAAAUCUGGUCCCUGGCCGAGACGGCCACAAGCCCAGACAACCCGCGCCGCUCGCCUCCCGGCACAGGGGGCUCUCCUCCCGGGGCCGCCGCCGCCUAUGCUCGACCCUCCGAGCCGGAGGGCGGAACAGAUCGCUGUAGUGCCUUGGAAGUGGAGAAAAAGUUACUCAAGACAGCUUUCCAGCCCGUGCCCAGGCGGGCCCAGAACCACCUGGACGCCGCUCUGGUCUUAUCAGCUCUCUCCUCAUCCUAGCUUGUUUAAAAAUAAAAAUUUUUAAAAAAAGAAAGAAAGGAAAGAAAGACGAAAGAAAUUUUAAAUUGUUGUAAUAAUUGUAAAAAAAAAAUCCCUCUGUAUAGUUAACGACUUGCAAGCAUGUCCGUGUAUGAAUACCCAAAAAGAGAACUUAACAAAAAGAAAGAAAAAGAAAUAAAACCUGUCCCCCUCGAACUUCAAGUCGCUUCUGUGCCACCCCACAUUCGAUGUGACUGUGAGGUGCUUUGUUCGGUUGAUGGGGGGGAGGGUGUUCAUGGAGAAUAAGCAUAUCUGACAUUUUUGUAUAUACAGAUAAAUGUACAUAUGUGUGAACCAAAUUGUACAAGAAAGUAUCUAUUUUUGGCUAAAUAAAUGAGCUGUUGCCAC